CCAAACCAAACCAUGUCCCCCGUCGUCCGCAACGAAGACACGCCGCUCCUCGAGAGGAGGCCGACGACGCAGCAGCGUCCCGGCGGCGGCUGGUCGACGACGAUCAAGUCCGUCGCCGUCGGCGCGCUCUGCGUGUCCGCGGGCGUCGCGGGCACGCUCGCCUUCACGCGCCACGGCCACCACGGCGCCGGCGUCGCGUCGUCGGCGCUCGGCGCCGCGAAAGGCGGCGCGAAGGUUGAGCAUCUGGGAGCGAAGAAGGCGUCCAUCGAGGACCGCAUCUCCGCGCUGGAGGCGACGACGGCGAAGCACGCGACCGCGAUCAAGGCGGUCGCGCAGCAGACCGUGAAGCACUCUACCGCGAUCAAAGCGGUCGCGGGCGAGGCCGUGAAGCACGCCACCGCGAUCAAGGCGGUCGCGGGCGAGGCGAAGCAGGCGAAGACGGCGGCGAACGCCGCGGCGAGCACCGCGUCCGGCGCCGCCGGCGCGGUGCAAGCCACGCUGUCGAACACGGAGACGAAGGUCGAUAGCGACGUCUCGAACGACGUGUCCAAGACGGAGAAUCAGAUCGGCAACGACGUGACGCAGGUUGAGAAUCAAGUCGAGGGUCAGGCGACGCAGCUCGAGGACGUCGCGAAAAACACGGUCGCGAACACGGAGUCCGCCAUCGCGAAGGGGAACUACGGCGGCGCCAUCAGUGACGU